CCGUGACCCAAAAAAGAAUUUAACUUUCAACCUAAAAUCUCUUUUUUGCACGGAACCCGUUCCAUAAAAGAAGCAAUCCUCAGCUCGGAGAUCCGUCUGUCUGGUUUCUCGGAAUGGUGGAGACUGUUAUGGAUGAAGGAAUCCGUCAUAACCUUUUCAACUCGUACAGGAUAAUAAAACUAACAGUAAUUCCUCCUGGACGACUUCUGACUAGCCAAUUUACUCACAAUGGCUUACCCCUCGACCUUGAAAAAAUCCAUGGUCACUGGUUCCGAUGAAACUUUGAACCAGUCUCGAUUGGAUCCAAUCGUUGAAGAGCAACAAAGCAGAAUCACUGUCGGUGACGACGCGUUCGGGGCACCAGUAGAGACUGUCAGUCCGCUUGGGUACCAUGUUGAUUGGAUUAGUGUGAUCUUCUUAAAUGUGAGCAGGAUAAUCGGUGUCGGAGUAUUCGUCACCCCUGCGACGAUCUUGAGAGGUGUAGGCUCUGUGGGGCUUAGCAUGAUUUACUGGGUCAUAGGGUUCCUGUUCUCUGCCGCAUCUCUCUGUGUAUACCUUGAGUACCUCUGCUAUUACCCUCAGCGAUCCGGGGGUAUCGUCACGUAUUUAGAAAAGGCUUUCCCUCGACCAAGGUUGAUGGCUCCAUUCUUGUAUGCUUGUUUAUUCUGUACACUGUCUACGAGUAGUGCAGCGUGUAUUGUAUUCGCAGAAUACAUCCUCUUAGCACUCCAAUACAACAUAACAAAAUGGAAUGUCCGUGGCGUAGCGGUUGGGUUGUCUACUACCAUGACUUUGAUAUGUAUCUUGAGCACGAAAUGGUCACUUCAUUUCUCUAACGCGAUAGGGAUGAUCAAGGUCCUUGCUUUGGUUUUGAUUGCUAUCACUGGGCUGGUCGUCCUCUGUGGAGGUAUCCCACAUGUCCCAAAUCCCGGGGCAAACUUCUCCCAGCCAUUCCAUGGAACCUCUAACAACGUUAAUGGAUUGGUGAGCGCGUUGUUGAAGAUUAGGUUCUCAUACGUCGGGUGGGAGAGUGUGUUCAGUAUGGUCAAUGAAGUCAAGGAUCCAAUCCCGACGUUGAAAAAAUUUGCACCCUUAUCACUCGGAGUAGUCUUUGCAUUAUACAUAUUGGUUAAUGUCGCAUACUUUGCUACUGUCCCACUCGAAAAAAUCAAAUCGUCCAACGAAAUGAUCGCUAAUCUGUUCUUCGAAACGAUCUUUCCAAGCUCCCCAGACUCGACCAACAUUGCCUUGAUUGUUCUACAAGUCCUAGUGGCAAUAAGCAGUCUCGGGAGCGUUAUAGCUGCCACAAUAUCUGCUUCACGCAUCAUCCGGGAAAGUGGUCGGCAAGGGCUUCUUCCGUAUCCUCAGAUAUGGGCAUCGACAAAGCCAUUUAACACCCCGUUAGCGGCGUAUCUCCUACGGUGGACUGUGACAAGUGUGCUCAUUGUGAUUCCACCACCGGGGGACGCAUUCAAUUUUAUUGUAGACCUGCAAUAUUACCCCGAAAGCAUCUAUGCAUUCCUCCUCAUUAUUGGGCUCUUCCUCAUCAGACGCCGACGUCGAGCUGUUGCUGCUCCCUCUAUCCCAUUCAGAGCUUGGACCUUCGUCGCGGUUUUCGCGCUUAUAGUCAACUUGGUGAUCAUGAUCAUUCCCUGGGUACCUCCGGAAGGAGGAAUUUAUGCAGGCGACGUAUCUUUCUUCUAUGCGACGUACUGCAUAGCUGGAUUGGGCGUUAUCGCGCUUUCCUGUGUUAUCUACUAUUUCUGGUAUGUCUAUUUUCCCCGCCGAGGAGGAUAUCGAAUUCGACAAGUCACCGAGAAGUUAUCUGACGGUGCGCAAACCUCGAAAAUUGUCAAGGUGCCGAUAGAAGUAUUAGAAGAGUGGGAUGCAGCGCAUGUAGACGAUGUUGAGCAUCUAGUAGGGAACGAGGAAAGGGGGGAAGAUCAGACGUAGGGAGGCACGUAGGUCGGUGUAUAAAUUUGAACACAGGCCGUUCGAAUUACGUGGAGGACUCCAUGCCUAGAGAUUUACACUACUGAACGGGGUUUCCGGUACGUUCUUGGGGUUUUCGUAUAGAUAGAUUACGGCGCAAACACCGCUCGAUGUACACUAAUUUACAUGAUACAUACAAA